AUGCAGACAAAGGGAGACAAGUUUGUAUAUGAUCAUAAGCUGAGAUCCACUCAUGAUAUUCCUUGUGGCUGUGAGAUAAAGGUGACAGUGGACGCGGGUCUGGCGAUUCAGAAAUAUUUGGUUGGUGUGGUCGAGAAUGGAGAUCCAUUGGUUAUGCACAGGGCGAAUGGUUGGCUCUAUGAUCAAAUUUACUCAGAUAGAGGGUCUUCGAAGCAACUGGAGAAAAAGAAGAAAGGCAAGGGGCGCUCGAAAGGAAGCAAGAACAAGUCACGUGAACAAGUCUAUACUCAAUGGGAUUUUCGGCAGUCUAAUGGGCCUCCUCAAGAUGUGCUGGGUGAUGGAAACUGUGGAUUCCACGUUAUGGCGAGCCAUUUGUUUGGAUCCGAGCAUCAAUGGCAUAAUGCUAGAAUAAUUGGCGCAAAUGAGCUAGAGGAACGUCCAGAUUUGUACGAUUUCUUCUUCGAAAGAGACAUUCCCAAGCAUGUUCACCGCAUACGAUGGGGCCCUAAUGGGCCUUUAACCGGACCUGUUCGGGAGAUUGCCAUUGCUCGUCUAGGCGAUUACAAGCAUUACAUUCAGCUAGAUUUUGUGGUUUCAGAUUUUCCAGUUCCGUCCAUACCUUAUCAAUGGUUCCGCCAACGUGACACUUUCGUUAUUGGUUGGGAGCAGCCAUAUCUCAAGAGAAUAGAGCUUUGGCACACUUCAUGUAAUGAUAAUGGACGGACACAAUCCCCUCAGUCUUCUUCCUUUAAUGUUGAGUAG